AAGGGAGGAGGUGUUCCUGCAGCGCCUUCUACCCAGGAACGCUGUCGGAAGAAGAAGAAUACCGGCGGCAGGAGCCGCGUCGACCAGUGUUGCUGAAGAUGGAAGGUGCGGCAGAAGUACAACUGCGUGCAGUGGUGCCACCACAGGAGCAGGCGAACAGAACCGCGCCACUAGUUCUGGAUUGACGCCUGAAGAUGAAGAAGAGCACUUGAUUUUGCCGCCCGUGAACGUGUGCGAUAAGGCCAUGCGUGGGAUCCUUGCUGAGAAAUUGUACAAUUACGACGACAAGACUCGCGGAAUGCAGUCUGCGAACGUGCCGCAGAGUCCUUCCGAACAACAGGAGCAAGCUGCUUCUACUGAGAGAAACUCUGGUACUGCUCCAUUGAUGAAUCGUGCAGAAAAAGAAACACAGCAGGCGGGUGUAGACACAGCACAGGACCUACUUCCUAACCAGCGUCAAGUUCUUGUGCAGACGGAAAGAAGUGCAAAAAGUUCGUCUCGCGCGCGGAUUUCCAUGUUGAAGAACCCAGAGGAGUUCUGGUCCAUCUUUGACGAGGUCAUGGCCGAGGUCAUCGCGGAAUCCGGGGAAGACAACAACGCACUGCGGACGCAGGGAAAGAAGAAAACGUACCAGCUCCCGGGGUACGUAAAGGAAAAACUCGAGGCGUUUGAGGAGCGGGAAAUGUUGGAGAACGCAGCUUGGGAGGAUGAGCUUGAGAAGGAGCGAGUACAGCUGCAGCUUCGGGACGAUGUGGUGGGAGGAGACGAGUUGGAGAUGGAGUGCAGUGAUGACAAAACGGAUCCAGCAUGUGCUGCGAGUUCGACGGGAAAAGAGAACGCGCUGCCAGCAGGAAAUGGUACUACUGAGUUUAAAGAAAACCUCCGCGACAGCGUCGAGCGGGAUUUCCCUCUUCAGCUGGACGCUGCCACUACAGAAGGGUCGUCCUCUAGGUGUGCGGAAAAGGAGGUUCUCAAACAACCAACGACCCGUGGUGAGGCGGAUUUCACUAAUAUUUCCGCGGUACAAAAACUACAUGAAGACGCGUCUGUGCAGCGGAGGAACGCGCCCCCGAAGGAUCUUCCUCUUUUUUCCCCGUCGUCAGACAAAAUGCGGUCCGCGUUUGCCGUAAGACAGAAAACCGCUGUUCUCAGUGCGGAAGAGGAGAUGGCAAAGAUCGCUCUGUUGAGGAAAAAACUGCAGGUCUCUUCUUCCGAAGAAGAAACAGUCGACGCGCAGCUUUCAGAAAAGGAAAAGUCAAAGAUCCAGAAAAGCCAACACCAAGUCCUGAGCCGUGCGUUCUUGGCAGACCAAAUUCUGAACGCUGUGCGGGAACGGGAAGAAGACGUCGUGUCGGAAGGCGGGAAAAUGGAGGAAGCUCCUGUUCCGGAUGAUGUUUCUCAUCUACCCUCGGGCGGAACUGAAAAUGGUGAAGAGGAGGUAGAAGAAGAAGCACAGAAAGACAACUCACCUGAUUACUGUUCUCAAGAAGUAGACGGUCUCGACCACCGCCCUGAAGUCCCUGCUGCCCACUCAUAUCCUAGUACAACCAGGCCGCAGCAGCAGGAAGAUGUUCCUGCGCAGGAAGAUUUAGCCGGAGAUGAGAGACGAACUGCAUACUCAGACCACGACUCAGCCUGCUCAGAGGACGAGUCGCAGAAUAUUAAAAUGAAGAUCCACAAUAAGGUGGUUCUGGAUCACGAAGACCCUUUACCGCACGACUUGUUCGCCAGCGGAGACUUGGACAAGAAGAAGAAGAAGGCGUUUUUGACCAGAAUCGACACAAGGUCGUGGUUUGCCGCAAAAAUGUAUCGAAUGCAAAAAUGUCUGGGUCUGGAAGAAUCAUGCUGUUUCUGCAUGACACAGAAGGUCUGGCAUGGAAGCUCUAGCGUCACAGGUUUCGAGAAGCUUCCGCAAUGCCGAAUCCGCAUGACAAAUCCCCCAUUUUGGCGACAGGAAGUGAGCAGCUUUUGCUGCCUAUGCAUCAGAGAUUUUUGUGUGUUCUGAAAUGCGCAUCACAAGUUACAUCCUUCCAGACCCAGACAUUUUUACACUUGAUAAAAUGGAAGAGGGUGCGAUUCUAACAAAGAAAAAAACUACCAGCGACGUCUUCUGGGAGUGGCAAGAAGAAAAUUUGUUGCCCACCAAAACACCUACUUCCAGUCCUGCGAAGGAACAACAGCAGGAACAAUCAGUGAAGUUAAAGGCAGGAGUAGGUGAAGGAAAGAAGGUUCUUGCUCUUGAUGCCCCUGCGCAGAUGGAACAUCAACGACGGGAACAAGAAGGACGCGACCAGGAAGCUGCUGUUCAUAAUUCCGAAGAACUGCACGACGGACAGACGAAGACAUUCAACAAGGAUUCGAUUUUUCUAACCAGUUGCGGUUUUUCCGUGGACCAUACCGCGUUUAUCCAGGGGAACGACAAGCCGAAAAGACGGGUCCGGGAAGCGGACGGGGAAGUGGUGGAGGAAACGGAGUUCGACACUUUGCGGAAAUCUUUCGACGAGCGGCACGCGUACGAAAGCACCUUCAAGCGGUUCCUGAAAAAGCAAAAGGAGCAGCAGGAAAAAAUACAGAAGGAGGAAGACCGACGGCAGAAGCGACUGAUGGAACGAGCGCUCGAGGACGAGCUGCAAGCUCUCGACGAGAUGAAGCGGAACUUGCGGAAUUUUCUGGAGUUCCCCGGGAUACCGGCAAAUCUGCUGGAGGACUGGACGGAGAGGCGGAAAAAAAUCUUGCUGUACGGCGGGGCAAAAAUUGCCAAGAAGACCAAAGGUCGCGGGAAGCAAGCAAAAGCGAAAGCAGGCGGGAGCAGCAACUCUUCGAAAGCGAAAGCGGUGCGGGGGAGGAAGGAACAGGACAGGAACGCGCGCACGCCUCGCGGCGGCCGCGGAGAUGAAGAUGACCGCGCGGCGGAUGGUAGCAUGGAGUUUGAGGAAGACAGUGGGUGGGCGCCGACUGGCGAGCCAAGCGGCAGUAGCACAAGCAGAGCAGCAGAUGCUUCUUUUACGGAGGGGCAAGAAGGAGAGGCCGGUGUGAGGACAGAAACAAGUGUGAAGAAACGAGGAAGGGUAAAGAAGAAAGCAAGCAAGGGACAAUUUGUGCCUGUAGCAGCAGAAGGAGUUGCGCAGGACGAAGCCUCGGACUUGGAAGAUGCGGCGGAACAAGCUGAACGUGUAGCGGUGAAAGCAGUUGAUCUCCAACUUCCUGAUGGGCAUCAAGCCACUUUCGUUCCGCCUGUAGAUGAUAAUCGACAAUCGCGACCCAACGAGUCACCACUGCAGCUUGAGGUCGCACCAAAGGCAGUACGGUUUUCCGAGAGGGUCGUGUCUAAUGUAGAUACGACCACUACUUCUGCGAUAGCGAUAGUUUCUAUCGCAGCCGCAGCAAAUGAAGAUGCAGCAGAUCAUACAAAACUGCUGCCCGCUGAGAUACCGCAACUGCGCGCUGCAACCGGAGGUGAAAUAAAAACCGUCCUAGAUGUUACUAGAUCUCCCACCGCUAGUACUGACGAGUUUUUGCCGGCGCCGGCGCGCGACAAAUUUGGCAGGGUCACUGAGUCCUCCGUCGACCCUGACCAGGGUGAUGCAGAAGAUUCUCUCCCCAUGAAGGAGCCGGCAGACUCCCAGAUCGUGGACAACUGGAAGACGGUUUUUUUGUCACUGAAAAACCGGUUCAUCUCCAGCCAGACCGACGAACAGCAAGGCACGGAAACCAUCUUGUCCACGUUUCUGCAGAACGACGCAAAUGUGGCGAAAGUGAUCCGCAAAUUGACGCCGAACCCCUACUAACCAUUGCAAAACUUCUUGUUGUACUAUCGUCCUCGUAUGGAGGCUAUGGAUAUGUACGAAACUUGCAGUCUUGGAUGGCAGAUCUCCUGUUUCGUGGUCUGAAACUGCAUCACAUCAAGCGUCGUUGUUUCUUUUGAGCAAAUUUGUCAUGCGCGUUAUACUAGGCCUAGGGCGAAGAUAGCCACAACACUUUUGCAAUGCAUGCCUGCCAGCAACACGGAACGGUGAACAGCAUUAUGGGGUGGCGUGGGAAGGAGCGCAUCGACGCGAUCAGCGAGGACUGCGAAGAGACUAUCCCAGGCGGCAAAACCUCCUCACCAGUUCUCAAAUGUCGAGUAGUUUUCGUGAAGAUUUAUUGUUGAGUUCACUGAAUAGUACUUCUCCACAAAUAAUCACGAGGCAGCUGCCUUGUGAUCUGAGCCUUCUGUUCAUAGUGUAGUCGCAAGCAGUCCGUAAAAAUCAAAAUCAAUAUGCCUGGAAGAUCGCAGGGCCAUGAUUUCUCCUCCUUCUGCCGACUAGACAGGAUGAGGACAAAAAUUCUACCUCCGUGAGAAGGAACUGCCUACGGUCCAGUAAGUAAUUUGUUGGGAAAGGGUAUGGAUGUUCGUGCAAUUUGCAUGGCUAAGGCUAGAAGCGACUGGGGAGAUGGUUUUUACGCAGGAUAGACAAACUGAACGACUUGGAGAAGUUGAAGAAAAAAUUGGACUUAAAGUUCGUUGCGAAAGUCGAUAACAACUACCUGCAAUUUAUUCACUGCAAUGAUGUCAUCGGGAGUUCACGGCAGACUUGAAAAAGAGUUGUCAAGUUUGCAGUUGUGCUGGCCUAGCGAGGUUCCGAAGUCUCUACUCCACUCCACGAAUGGGGAGCGUGAAAGCCUUUGCCUUAAUAGAUGCAGAUUGGGUUUGUCUUCCACAGGCACGUUAGACAUCAUGGGAUAAAGCUUCAGAAGCUUCUACAUGUGCAUGGUUAUGCGUGCCUGUACUUCUUCUCCUGGAUUCUCUUUGCCCUUCACGCAUUAUUUUCCAGACGGCCCAGAUGACAAGAUUUGCAGUUGAUACCGUUCUUGCAGCAGCAAAAGGAGAAAAUGCAAAAAAAGGAACAGGAAAAGAAGUCCGCGACCGCAAAAGCUGCAGCAGCAAAUAGUCGGGAGAGCGGACCACGGCCUAGCGCAAAUUCGUCAGAGGUUGGAGGCGUCGCGGUGGUGAAAGGGGAGCGGAAGAAGGAGCAGCCGUUGGCGACCCACCCGGCGGCGAUAGACGAGGUGAUUCGACGCGCGUUGCGGAGACGCGAUAGGCGGCGAGAGAAAGUAAGGGAUAUGAAAAAUUCUUCCGACGAGGAGAAUUCGUCGUAAAAAUUGCAAACGAAGGGCCACGGCGCAAGCGAGUAUAAGUAGUUGGUGGUCCUCUCCAUUUCAACAAUUUGCGAUAAAAUAGUAAGUUCUACAGCGCAACCAGCACGCUAUGAAUUUUACGAAAAAGGGAGACUGGUGAU